UCAGUUGCGUUCGUAAGGGAAGGUACUAUUUGUAUACUUUUUUAUUUUGUUAUGAUGUCAUGACGUCUGUUAGUGGGGAUGUAAAUACGUCCAAAUUGAAGUUCAGUGUGGACAGUAUACUUGGAAACAAUGAAACGUCGUCGAGUGCCCCAGUGUCGGAAACUCGUUCUCAGGAGCCUCCUUGUGCUGGAUGUGUAGCUGCUUUGUACAGAUGUUGUAGGGAUGAACCUCCUCUUCUGCAAUUGCAACUACCCCUACCUUAUGCACAUUUGCAUCCAGCUUUAAGGCCUACGUCAGCCGUGUACCGUCUGCCAAUACCAACGUCAUCGCCGUCGCAAUCAUCAACACCACGGUGUGACGUCUCCUCCAGCGGAAAACGAAAACGAUCGUGGUCCCGCGCAGUUUUUAGUAAUUUACAACGGAAAGGUUUAGAAAGAAGAUUUCAAAUACAAAAGUAUAUAACUAAACCAGAUAGGCGGCAGUUAGCUGCGACAUUAGGACUCACUGAUGCACAGGUAAAGGUUUGGUUUCAAAACCGACGUAUGAAAUGGCGGCACACGAAGGAAGGUCGAGCGGGACUCAGUGCGGUGUCUGCUCGCGAUCCAGACUCCACAGCCAACGAUGACAACGAGGACGUAGAUGUCGAUACAUUGAGUGAUUAA